AUGACAAUUUGGAGCCGCUCUCGCAAAGCAGCUCGCCUACCACAGGAGCUUCUAGAUGCCAUCGUCGACUGCGUAGCCUCAAAGGGUGACAAGUGCACUCUGCGGACCUGCAAUGCUACAUCAUGGCUCUUCCGCCCACGAGCUCAAAAACGACUCUUCGAGGAUAUCCAACUGGUGGUGGACGACAACGUCCUGAAAAGGAUGGAGAAUUUGCGGCAGCUUUUGGACAGCAAUCCAGCUCUCUUAAAGCAGAUGCACUCAUUCAAGGUUUCGGUGCGCGGAGUUGGGAACCUAGUACCACUAUUACGAUGGCUUAAGAUCGGGAGGGAAUCACCUGGUUUAUUGUCGGUGUUAUGGGACCUCAAAGCUUGGUUGAAGGCGGAAAACAGUUUUCUGUGGUUACUCCAUACCAUCUCGGCAACUCGAGUCGAGAAGUUCUCGUUCGUCCUCGAAGAAGCGUAUCUCAACUGGACAUCGCUCAACGAUGAGACCCAAAACCUCUUUCUAUCCCUUCAGUCCAGCUCCCGUGUAAAGCGCCUACAGUUUGUCAACAUCAUCAAUGUCCCGCCUUCCAUAACCUCAGAAGGUUAA